AUGGCCGACUUCCCAGACGCCGACAAGAUCGCUCCAGAAGCACUAAUCACCAAAUUCCAAGUGAGCAAGCUCCUCAAACAAGACCAAAAUGGCCGACGAAUUGCCCUCCUAGGCACAAUCGACAACACACAAGGCAUCCUAAUAGCCGAGCGAGCGGCAUUCGCAACCGAAUCCCUUGCCGUACUCCAAGCCUUCCACGCCGCAAUCUCCCGAAUCAACAACCUAGGCGAUAACGACAUCUACCGCUGGUACCUAGCCUCAUCAAGCGGCAACACCACGGAUCCAACACCCGCCGAAGCCGCCACCCACCCGCAGCAAGACCUCAAACUCAACCUCAUCUGGCCAUGCACAGCACAGCACAUCAAGAAGUACUCAGACCAGCAGCUGCGCAUGGUAACCGAGACCGCGGAGAUAUACCGCACGCACGUGCGGCCGUACAUGCAAGCGAAGCGCGAGGAAGGGCGACUGAACUGGGUUUUUAAUAUCCUGGAGGGCAGGACUGAGCAAGAGGAUGUGAUUAUGCGGGAUGAGGGACACGGGCCUGAAGAUGGGUUUUUGAUGUUGCCUGAUUUGAACUGGGAUCGGAAGAGUAUGGGGUCGUUGCAUUUGUUGGCUUUGGUGCAGAGAAGGGAUAUUUGGAGUUUGAGGGAUCUUAAGAAGAGUUUUGUGCCUUGGUUGAAGUAUUUGAGGGAUAGGGUGCUUGAGGCUACGGUUUCUAUGUAUCCUGGUUUGGAGGAGGAUCAGAUUAAGCUUUAUGUUCAUUAUCAACCGACCUACUACCAUUUCCAUAUCCAUGUUGUCAAUGUUAUGCUCGAAGCUGGAGCGACGCAGGCAACGGGUAAGGCUUUUGGACUGGAGAACUUGAUCUCGCAGCUUGAGACUAUGCCUGGAGAUGGGGAUCCUAGUUUGGCUGAUGUUGAUUUGACAUACUUCCUGGGCGAGGCUAAUGAGCUUUGGACGGGUAUUUUCGAGCCGUUGAAGCGGGGAAAGCAGCCUGGUCAAUAG